UGCUACUACUUUUUAAGAUUUGCUUAGGAAAGCAGGAUCUGUUUUUGUGUGUCCAGUGACUGUCUAUAAAAAAGAUCUUAGAAUUUAGUUUCCACUCUCUCUGGGAGCUCAUGGAACGCUGCAACUUUGAGGUGGAGCUUGGAGAGUGGUAAAUCUGAUGAAAAAUAGUAUACACCAGUUAAACAGGGGUUAUAUAGUGCGACUCUUCACAGAAAUACACAUAACUCUUAAAAAAAAUAUCCGAAAUGAUGAGUGCCACUAAGAUUCUCAGUGGUAUCAUCUAAGAAGAAAUUUAUAAUUUAAAACAAUUGUAUUGAGAUAUAGACCUUUUCCAAACUGAAGCUAUAGCGUUUAAUAAGUUAUAUUGUACUCGUAUGUUGUUCGGUCACUGUUUGUUAUAGAUUUCCUCAUUGACCAGAGUCAUUAACGUAAGCAAUCCUAGGAACAUUCCAUAAAACUCAGUGAAAAUAAAAGAAAACCACAUUUGUAUACGUUCACCAUUCUGCAUUAGGUUAAGGGGUGGCUUAUUCCUGCUUGGCCAUAGCUUGGCUAAGUAUGAAUGUAGACUGUCUAAUUCAUCUGAGCUCCCAAAAUGCACUUCUCUUUGGAAGCAGGGCUCGUGCAGAAUUAUACCUCAUCUUUAAAAUCAGGAUUGAACAUGAGGCCUUUAAAGGAAUACUCCAGUUUAGGAAAAUGUAUCCCCAAUCCAAAGGAUCGGGAAUGAGUGUCUAAUCACGGGAGGCUCUCCUCGUGCACAGAGCGGGGGUCAACACACGCCUUCCAUUCACCUCUAUGGGAGAGCCGAAGAUACACCAGCGCUGUACUUAUGUAGCUCUGGCUAUUCCAUAGAGAUGCAUAGAGGGCCUGUGCUAUGCUGUCAGAUCCGAUGUCCCAGUGGCAUUCGGAUUAACCACAUGCACUACAUACCAGUCGGGGGGAUAAAUGGCCGGCGCAUGUACUUACCCCCGGCUCCUAGUUGAAGGUUCACGAAACAUAUGUUUAGGCGGCAGUGAGGUACAGCAGUCCUUACAUGUACAUGAUGGUGGGGCUACAAUAGUGCUGUUAAGUAGGUUAGUGCUCCCCAUUUCUUGGGGGUUGUUGAUUUUUGUGGCUGGUGUUUUCAUGGGUGAGGUUCCCUUGUAUGGCAUUUUUCAAUAAAGUUUUAGUAUUUUGAUAUAUGGGAGAGUGUCAGUUUUUGUAUGUUCUAUCAAGUCCCAAGUUCUGACUACAAAGAAAAGCUAAUAUUGAGAGGUUAAUGCAGAAGACCUUAUACAUACCAAGAAGCUAUGAUCACCUAAUUAUAUGAUCAUCAGAAUACAGCAGAAUUGUGUUAGUCUUCUCUUUACUGUCUGACUCCUUCAUCUUGGGAAUUUCCCCGCCUUUAAUUAGGUGAAUGAUUACAGUGGAAGUGCUGUAGUUACUUCCUCCUCAGGAAGACAAAGAGCAUACAGCUUCUCUCUGUGUAUAAAAGUACAGUCAGCACUGUGCUCUGCAGUCUUCACCUUUCUCACCAUCUAACACUUUGUCAACUUUUCUGUCUGAGCUCUAUCGUGACUUGGACUCAACAUGACUAAAAAGGUGGCAGUGAUCCUCUCAGGCUGUGGGGUGUAUGAUGGCAGUGAAAUCCAUGAGUCCUCUGCAGUAUUUGUUCACCUGAGCAGAGAUGGGGCACAGUAUGUGGUGUUUGCACCCAACAUAGACCAGAUGCAUGUGGUAGACCAUAUAAAAGGACAGCCCUCUGAGGAAAAAAGGAAUGUGCUUACAGAGAGCGCUCGCAUUGCAAGAGGAAACAUUAAAGACCUUAAAGAUCUAAAAGUCAGUGAAUUUGAUGCAAUCAUCAUACCAGGAGGUUUUGGAGUUGCUAAAAAUCUUUCUACUUGGGCAACUCAAGGGAAAGACUGCUCAGUAAUAAAACCCAUUGAAGACACUAUAAAAGGGUUUCAUGCUGCCAAGAAGCCCAUUGGCCUGUGUUGUAUCUCACCUGUGUUAGCUGCAAAACUUCUACCUGGAUGUGAAGUCACUGUUGGCUCUGAUACGGAGUGUGAAAAGUGGCCAUAUGCAGGAACAGCAGGAGCAAUUCAACAGCUGGGCUGUAAACAUGUUAACAAACAGGUCAAUGAAGUUCACAUAGAUGCGAAAAAUAAAAUAGUAACAACCUGCGCCUUUAUGUGUAACAGCCCAAUACAUGAAAUAUUUGAUGGUAUUGGUGAAAUGGUUAAAGCUGUGCUUAAGCUGAGUUAAAAAAAAAAUCUCUCCAGAAUACCGGCAGUAUUUUUCAUGCAAAUAAAUAAUCAACAUAUUCAGUAAAAUAAACCCUUGUAUUAUUUGUCCCCCGAAAUAAAAAAUCACUUUAAA